AUGGAAAAAGAAGAAGUUGACCACGAAGCGUUCAUGGUAAAAGCCAUUAAGGAUAAAACCAAGCACAUUAUUCCUGCCCAUCAAGCAAGCGACGUGCUAGAAACAUUAUCCAAUCUUGAAAGGUAAAGACAAACUUAGAGAUUACCAAGAAAUGAAAGAGAAAAUUGACAAUGCAACUGAAUUGCGAGGAGGGAUCCCUUGCAGUGAAUUAAAAUCUGUUUAUAAAUCCAACUCAAAAGAACUUACUCCCCACUCCGUGAGCGAGCAAUACCAUUGGAAAAAUCCAAAAUGCACCCUCUGUUAGCCAAGAUAAAAUUUUUUAAUAUAAAAAUAUUUUGAUAUGAAAGUGAUUAUAAUAUUUGCUUAAUUAAAUUUCGAAAAAAUUUUCACUAUAAAAUUUAAUAUAAUUUUUUUUAAAAAAACAAACCGUAAGCGACAAAAUUGUUUUUCUUUCACGGAGGGCAGAGUUAGAAUUUCAGAAGAGACCUUGCAAGCUAUGGAACGAGCCUGCCCUGAUCAUCCUCAACAAAAAGCUCAGACUCAGUAA